AUCACAUCGGACCAAGAAUAAAUCAAGAAUGACAUCUAACACGGGCGAGACCAACGCCAACAGCACGGACGCGGCCCUGACGACUGUCGACAACACACUCGCUCGCCGUCGAUAUUUUCGAGAAAAGCAGCGCAAUUAUCGCCGCAAGGUGAAUGUUGACGUGGCGAUUGUCGAAGCAGAGCUCGCGCACCUUCAGUCGAUUCGGGAUAUCCUUCAAGCCAGCAUGCCGCCGUCGAUAGCGCCGCGUGAAGCAAGCGAUGGUCUGUUGUCCUGGUACUCCAUUGCCACCGUGUUAAAAAGAGAAGUUCGUCGUGUCUUGAUGGACCGUCAGCCACUGAUUCGGCAAACGCAACGGUAUCAAUACCUCACGAAGGCUAUGCAACGCUUUGUCAUGAUGAGCAUUCCGUCGCCCAUGUCCCGCAGCAAUACGUGGCAGAAUGCGACGUUGGCGGCCGAGCCAAGUGCUCGAUACCUCGGCAAGGAGUGGCUCAUGCAGCAAAUGUACCACAACACGCGCCAGGCGUUGGCGUUGCUUCCUGCUAUGACCUGUGACGACGAAUUUUUCCAAUUUGACUUGCAAGUGUCAGACCAACACGACGAUCUGUUCAUGGAGCGGAUACAGUGCAUAUUUCCAGGAACGCUGGCGUCCUUUCGACGAUUCGUCAAAUCCAAUCGUAUGCGUGACAUGCUCUUCAAGGGCCCCCAAGACGCAAGUGACACUGUUUAUGUUUCGUGUCGCACUGACUUUUUAUUAGGUGAUCGAAGAGCGCACAUCCAACACGCGAUUGUUUCACUCAAUUACGACCCGCGGCGCGUUCGCGAACAUACUCCAAGGGCACUUCUUCGAAGCAGACCGGUUCAUAAUGGUCAUGCGGCAAGUCGACGAUGACGAAAUGCAUGCGUGCGACCCGAUGCUCAGGCAAUGGCACCACCGGUCGUGGUGAGUGAAUGAGUAGUCUCGAGUUUGUGAUUCCAUAUACGGACAUAUGUAGGAUAGAGGUGCGGCAGGUAUCGCCCACCCAUAUCUUAAUGCGCGAAGUCAGUCAUUUCUCGAACGCAUUUCGAGCCCACGACGGGUUUCUGAGUAUGGCCGAGCUCGCGGUGUUGGAGGGCAUCGAUGUGACGGGCAUCGACGACGACGACAAGGAUGCCUACGUGCGGCGCGAAUUCGUUCGACGGGGAAAUGACGCUUUAGUGUCUUGGCGGCAAUGGUUCACGGGCUUGUUGCAGGCAUGGUUGCAAUAGCAUCAAGACACCACACGCAUAUAGACAAUCGUGAUAUCCCAUGGUACACUGUAGCGGGAACGAGCUUUGUUUAACUAACUAGCCUAGAUCCUUGAUAUUA